AGAAAGUGGAUAGAGUGAGAAACAAUUAUAGUGAACCAAAUGUCAUCCCUCCUCUUGAGUCUUCCAAACCCACUCUUAUAAAUACAUACCCAAACACCGUAAUUUCAUCCUAAUAAUACGUACCAAUAAACGACAGAGUUUUCCUUCACUGCUUGCCAAUUAUCACUCUCUCUCCCAAAUAUUCCCAAUUGUAGGGUUUCAGCUUCUCACUUUCCUUAUACUCCAUUGAAAUCAUAAUUUAUCAACAACAAUGGAUAAUUACACGCUUCACUUGGCCAUGGCGGCACUAUUUGGAGCAUCGUUUGUGGCAGUUUCAGCCUAUUAUAUGCACCGGAAAACUCUGUCGCAGUUACUGGAGUUUGCUAAGUGUUUGGAGAAGGAUGGCGAAGGUGAGAUUGGUGGACAGCAGGUUUCGCCUUCUCAUUUGAAGGAUCUCCGUAGCCGGAAAAAUACUGGAGCUUAUCGUCGAGCUUCGGCGUCUUUGCCGGAUGUUACGGCGAUUUCUGGUGAUGUUGAUGGUGUUGAUAAGUGCAAUGGUGUGUUUCCUGUUGCUGGUAUUCCAGAUGGUUUGCCUAGGCUUCGUAAUCUUUCUGAAGGAAAAGCUGCUAGCCUUGCCAGUUCAGCUAGUAGAUCUCUUUUGAUGAGAGCGACCUCUCCAAAAUCCCCUGUUGCCAGUGCCUUUGAAAGUGUAGAAGCGUCUGAUGACGAGGAAGACUUUGUGAAUAAUUCUAAAUUGGAUCCUACAUAUUUGCAUUCAAAUGGAGAUGCUGGUCCAGAGUUGAAGAACCAACAUGAAGACUCAGCCGAUAAUACUAACAAUGGAGACCAAAUUCCUGUAACUACUUCAAACAUGAUUCGCUCACAUAGCAUAUCUGGUGACUUGCAUGGGGUUCAACCUGAUCCCAUAUCUGCUGAUAUCCUGAGAAAGGAACCAGAGCAGGAAACGUUUGUACGACUAAAAAUCUCUCCAAGUGAGACACCGGCAUCUGAUGAAGUAGAAUCAUACCUGGUUCUUCAAGAAUGCCUUGAGCUACGGGAAAGUUAUGUGUUCAGGGAAAGGAUUGCUCCGUGGAAGAAAGAAAUCAUAUCUGACCCAAGUACUCCAAAGCCAAAUCCAAAUCCAUUCUAUUUUACUCCCGAGAAAAGAAGUAAUCACUUUUUCCAAAUGGAGGAUGGAGUUGUCCAAGUUUAUGCUAGCAAAGAUUCAAAGGAGAAGCUAUUUCCAGUUGCUGAUGCAACAACAUUUUUCACUGAUUUGCAUCACAUUCUACGAGUUAUAGCAGCUGGAAACAUUCGGACCUUAUGCCAUCAUCGACUUGUGCUAUUAGAACAAAAAUUCAAUUUACAUUUGAUGCUGAACGCGGAUAGAGAGUUUCUUGCCCAGAAGAGUGCACCACAUCGUGAUUUUUACAAUGUUAGGAAAGUUGAUACUCAUGUUCAUCAUUCAGCAUGCAUGAACCAAAAGCAUCUUUUAAGGUUUAUUAAGUCAAAGCUAAGGAAGGAGCCUGAUGAGGUUGUAAUAUUUCGUGAUGGGACGUAUUUAACUUUGAAAGAGGUCUUUGAGAGCUUGGACUUGACUGGUUAUGACUUGAAUGUUGAUCUUUUGGAUGUUCAUGCUGACAAGAGCACAUUCCAUCGUUUUGACAAGUUUAACCUCAAGUACAAUCCUUGUGGUCAAAGUAGGCUAAGGGAGAUUUUCCUUAAACAGGACAAUCUCAUCCAAGGACGUUUUCUUGGGGAGCUGACCAAGCAAGUUUUCAGUGACCUUGCUGCUAGUAAAUAUCAGAUGGCAGAGUAUAGAAUAUCAAUAUAUGGUAGAAAGCAAAGUGAGUGGGACCAACUCGCCAGUUGGGUUGUUAAUAAUGACUUGUAUAGCGAAAAUGUUGUUUGGUUGAUUCAGAUACCAAGACUGUACAAUGUAUACAAGGAAAUGGGGAUAGUUACAUCAUUUCAAAACAUGCUUGACAACAUCUUCCUACCUUUGUUUGAGGUUACUGUUGAUCCAGAUUCACAUCCUCAUUUGCACCUAUUCUUGAAGCAGGUGGUUGGACUAGAUCUGGUGGAUGAUGAAAGUAAACCUGAACGGCGUCCCACAAAACAUAUGCCUACUCCUCAACAAUGGACAAACAUUUUCAAUCCAGCAUUUUCGUACUAUGCUUAUUACUGUUAUGCUAAUCUCUACACUUUAAACAAGCUGCGGGAGUCCAAGGGUAUGACGACAAUUAAAUUCCGUCCACAUGCAGGAGAGGCUGGUGAUAUUGACCAUCUGGCUGCAACAUUUCUCACUGCCCAUAAUAUAGCACAUGGGAUCAAUUUGAGGAAAUCUCCUGUACUUCAGUACCUUUAUUAUUUAGCACAGAUUGGUCUGGCAAUGUCUCCUCUUAGCAACAAUUCUUUAUUUCUGGAUUAUCAUCGUAACCCUUUUCCUAUGUUCUUCUUGCGUGGACUUAAUGUAUCACUAUCAACGGAUGACCCGCUACAAAUUCAUUUAACUAAGGAGCCAUUAGUGGAAGAAUACAGCAUAGCUGCUUCGGUGUGGAAGCUUAGUUCUUGUGAUUUGUGUGAGAUUGCUCGCAAUUCAGUUCUCCAAUCUGGAUUCUCUCAUGCCUUGAAGAGGCACUGGAUUGGUGAACACUACUUUAAAAGAGGUCCAGAUGGGAAUGAUAUCCACAAGACAAAUGUACCUCAUAUACGAGUUGAAUUCCGUCACAUGAUAUGGAGGGAGGAGAUGCAACAAGUUUAUCUGGGAAAAGCAAAUAUUCCUCUUGUAGUUGAUAAGUGAUACAUGAACAACAUCAAAGUGGUCAAUGGUUUUAAGAUAAUUUAACCUUGCUUCAACUGAGGUAACUCAUAAUGAAGUCCAUCUCAUGCAGUUGAUUAGUUCUUUCUAUGGAAUAUUUACCUAUUCAUACGGUGGUGAACGUCUCAUACUCUUAAAUUUUUUCGUGCACCUGCCUUCACACUCACAGUGCUUUCAAAGGGCGUGUUGCUGAAACUGCACAGUAGUUGUAUUCAUCGAUAUGUUGUGUACAUUAGAUGUGUGAGGCUGUCAUACACACCGUCUGUCGAGGGUUACGGAAUGACAAGUGUAUCAAAAGACCGAAUCAUACAUCGAACUUAUAUAGAAGUAUUAAAUAGGUUAGAGUUAUAGUGAAGUCUUAGUUUCAAGGCUUGUUUACAAGGGAGCUUGCUAAGUAGGAGCAUAAAUAAGUAGGUGAAUUUUGAAUAGAGCACCUUCACAAAAGUUAUAAUUUUGUUAAAUUUUCAUCCUUGAGGUUGAAAUAUAAAUAAAAGAGAGUAUUCCUUUUUAUUUAUUUUUCGAAAGAAAUUACCUAUUUAUUUAAAUGUUUAAGACGAUUAUGGUUAUUAUCAAUCAUUUGUAAGCAUGUGGUUAAUAUUUAUUUGUAUUCGGAUUUGAUUAAUAGCGAAUAUAUAUCUCCAAUGAGCAUAAGUAACUUGCUUCCUGUUUUUGUGCUAGUAGGCAAGUGCGUAGGCUUGUCUUUCAAAAUUGUCAAUUAUCUCUAUACAACUUUUUAUAUUUGAUCUCAUUGUACUAAAAAUAAUAAUGACAGUUAAAAAAAUUAAUAAUAAUAAUAUUAAUAACAACUUAAUAAUAAUAAAACGAAAAGAUACAAAAAAUUAUCAAUAGGAAAAAACGCACAUAUGUUGUGUUUUUACCAUGAGAAAUGCGCAUGAACUAAGCCAAAACACUAUAUGUAUGUUUUUCGUACAUACAAAUUCUUGUGAGAGACGGUCUCUUUGAAAGACUAUUUUUAUUGGGCUGGUCCAUUAUAUAUUUUUAAAAAUAUUAUAAGUAGGUAUUAAGAAUGAUGUAAGUAGACAUUUAAGAUAUUAAAAGUAGGCAUUAAAGAUACGGUAAGUAUUAAGAGUAAUGUAAGUAGACAUUAAGAAUACAGUAAAUAAGCAUUAAUCUUUAAUGGGCUAGACUUGAGGUAUGUCUCUCAAAAAGACGAUCUCUCAAGAGACUAGCUGUUGAAAUUUUUGGGUGAGUUGGUGAUGACUGAAGUAACUUGGUCUAUGAAUGACUUGUAAAGCUUCAAUUAUGUUAUUAGUACCUAUAAAUUUAUCAUGCACUAUGUAAGUACUAUAUUAUCGAACUCUUGUACAGUUGUACCCAUGUCUUAAUUAAUGCGUAUGUAAAUAUCCAACUUGACAAUUUUAUGAAAAAAAUUCAAUAUUUUAAAUAAAAUUAAAGUGUCUAAGUGUUAUACUAGUAAACUAUAAAAUUAUUACGUUAGUAAGGACACUGAUUCGACUUCUCAGCGGCAUCGAUUCAACUCUAUGAAUCGAACAAAAUCGGAUAUCUAAAAGGUUAAAGCUCAAUAUUGUUAUGAACAGAGAUGUAGUACAGAAAAUGAAAAACAUUCAAUACAAAAAAAAAAAAAAAAAAAAAGGUGCCUAUUUGGUAGAUUCCUUGUUA